UUGCUUCAGUUACCGACUGUAAUCGCUGAAGCGGACCGUAAAUUAAGCGAUUCAUCCUUGAUAAUAUCAAUUUUGGCAAGUUAUCUAACACAGAACGGCGGAAGUCUGGGUGAUGUGAUUGAACUGUACCCCGAGCAGAGGACUAUUGCGAUGGAAACUGGAAAAGAAAUAAUCAGUCAUCCAAAUAUGUAUGAAAUCAUGAGAGCAAGGGACCUGUCGAAAAAGCAGCAGGAAGAUGCCAGGAUAGAGCAGAAAUGGCGCAAGUGGGUAGAUGAACAUUUUAUCCAUCUAAUAGUACCGAAUGUAUAUCGAUCAUGGAACGAAUGCAUUCAGAUGUUCCGGUGGUUUGGUGAGGCCGGCCAGUGGGAUAAGGUAGUUCCUGCAUGGGAGCGCUACACCACAAUUUAUCUUGGUUCCGUUGCUAUGUAUUUUCUAUCGAAAAAAUUGCGAAAA